AUGGCUCGCCAUUUACAUGAGCUACUCAAGGAAGAUCAAGAGCCGUUCCUAUUAAACAAGUACAUUUCUGAUAGGCGGAGCCAGCUGACGAAAAGGCCUUCGCCCAGCACUACUCUGCAACUUAAGAAACCAAAACCAAUCCAUCAUCACAACUCAAGCUUCAGCCCUGAUUUCUGUAAAAAUGCUUGCUUUUUCUCCUUUCGCAACACCCCUGAUCUCUUAAGCUCGCCAUUCCUGGAAUUCGCAUCUCCGGUCAAGAGCCCAUGCAAGUCCCCUAAUGCCAUCUUCCUCCAUAUCCCUUCUCGAACGGCCGCACUCCUUCUCGAAGCUGCUCUCCGAGUUCAGAGACAUCCAUCAUCUUCUAAAUCUAAAACCCACAAUAAGACAAAUGGGUUUGGUUUAUUCAGGUCACUAGUCAAAAGACUAACGCCGCGAAGCCGAAAGAGGGAAAUACAAGAUGGGGGUGGUGACAGAAGCAAGAAAAAUGAAGAACAAAUGGUAUCUAAUGAUCAGGUGGGCUUUCCAUGUUCUUACAAUGGACGUCCUAGCAGUGCUGUAUGGUCUGAGACCAAUGAGGAUAAAUCUCUGGACAUGGAAACAUCCAGCAGCACUAGCUACUCCGAUGAAUCCCACGAUAUUGACCUUUUAUCCGAAUCCAACCAGAAACACGUUACAGAUUGUGUUUGCUGUGAUCACGACUUCUGCGAAAGCCCCUUUCGCUUUGUAUUACGGAGUAGCCCCUCUUCUGGCCACCAGACCCCGGAAUUAAUGUCGUCAAGUCGUCCCAGAGCAGAGUUAGGUGGAAAUUUUGCCAAAGAUCCUGUGCGUGAAGGGUCAGAUAAGUGUAUUGCAGGGCUUUGGGUUUUUCCGGACAAAGAAAAGGAUGGAACGGAGAGUGUUGAGAAAUCACAAUUAAGGGAGGAAGAGGAAGAGGAAGAGAAGGAGCAAUGCAGCCCAGUCUCUGUUUUAGACCAACCCUUCGAGAACGAUGACGAGGGGCAUGAGAACAUCAAUGAGGACGACGGUUUUGAUUUGGAGUGCAGCUAUGCCGCUUUACAGAGAGCAAAGCAGCAACUAUUGUACAAACUUCGUAGUUUUGAGAAACUUGCAGAACUGGAUCCAAUUGAACUUGAGAAAAGAAUGUUAGAAGAAGAGGAGGAGGAAGCCGAUGAGACACCAGAAGAAAAGGACUAUAACAGGUUAGUCUUAGAAGUCAUCUGCCAAUCUAGCACCCAUGAAAGACGAGGAAUCCCGGAAGACCACAAGAGACUGAUUUCAGAUCUCAUUGUGGAGGAAGAGAGAGAACUUAAUUCCUUGGAGGAGAGGGAAACAGUGAUAAGAAGGGUUUGUAAGAAGCUGGAAUUAUGGAGAGAAUUGGAACCUAAAACAAUUGAUAUGAUGAUCCAACAAGACUUUGGUAGAGAGGAUGAUGGAUGGAAGAAAAAUGAAGAGCACAAGGAGGAGGUGGCAGGGGAGCUGGAGCUGGCUAUUUUGGGGCUUCUGGUGGAAGAAUUUUCAGAGGAGCUGGUGAUGGUAUGUUGAAAUGGGUAAAUUGGGAAGCAUGCGGAGAACUUAAUAUGAGGCAUUACCUUUAUUCUUUUAGUUAGAAGAGUACAAUACAAUCUGACACACACGGUAAUGAAGUAGGCUAGUUAGAGAAAUGACCCAACAAAGCUAGUGUGGGUUGCAGAUUAGUAUGUACAUGACUCGUGUAUGUAGCUGGCAGGGAAAUGCUGCAAGUCUUGCAGCGUAAUUGAAUAUGAUUUCAAAAUCAUU